GGUGCUAGGGAAGGCUCCUGGAAAUUGGCUCCUGCAAUCAGCUUGCAGAAGGGGACCGGGUCAAAGGCUGGCAAGGGAUAAUGAGGGGGCUGGACCCAGGAUUGGGAAGAUGAGGACAGGUACCACCCAAACCACGACCACGGUGAACGUACCCAGGUUCUUAGCUAAAAGCUGGACGGGGCUCGACUAGCAGGGGAGAGAACCACUUGCUGUUUUUUCUUGGCUCUGUAGCGGAAGAUGUCUGCAGACAGUCAAAGCAUCGCGGCUACCGAGAACAAGGAGAAAACCCAGGAGGUCCCAGGUAAUGAGCAGCGCUAUGGAGAGGGGCAAGAGGAGACAGAGCCCUUGGGAACCUCUCGGGAGUCAACCCAUGUUAAGGCAGAGACAGAAGAGCCACACAGUGAGGAAACAUCACAGGAGGACAGGACUGCAGGAACACAGGGCUGGAUGUCUCCAAGUCCUGACGCUAGGGACAAAGGCCCAUUCCUGCCUGGUGGAGUUCUUCCUUCACCUUGGAUCCCUGUGCUGUCCCGAGGGGGACGGACCAGAGAGCGACAGAUGGCCGCUGCACUCCUCACUGCCUGGUCCCAGAUGCCGGUGACCUUUGAGGAUGUGGCUCUGUACCUCUCCCGGGAGGAGUGGGGAAGGCUGGACCACACACAGCAAAAUUUCUACAGAGACAUACUACAGGGGAAAAAUGGCCUGGCUUUGGGGUUUCCCUUCAGCAGACCUUUCUGGGUCCCCCAAGUUCAAGGGAAGGGCCAGGCGGCAAGCUCUAGCAGGAUCACAGGCGCUGAGGAGAGGAGAGGGCUUGAUUCAGCUCUGCCCUCUCAUUCUGUGGGUUCUCCACAAGUUCAUCUUCAGCUGGCAGCCUCUCUUUUCACAGGAACUGUGGAAAUGGGGAAGGUGGUUCCCACCUUGGCUGUGGCAACCCUAGAGGACACAAAAUCCCUAAGGACUAGGGCCAGGUGGGCCCCACAGGAAGACCUGAAGUGUGGUCAGCAAUUAGCUAGUGGCCCAGGAGCAAAGCUGACCAGAGACACCAGGGAAGAAGCUAGUCAGCUAAAGCCAGCCCCAACCGAAGCACAUCCUCUCAAGACCGCAGAGGACAGCGGCCCAGAGAAACCCGGUGAGGGGGAGGAGGCCCUGAAAGGUGGCGAAGAGUGUCUGGUACCCGACGGUGACACGGGCAAGAAGACAUACAAGUGUGAACAGUGCGGCAAGGGCUUCAGUUGGCACUCGCACCUGGUGACACACCGGCGCACGCACACGGGGGAGAAGCCUUAUACCUGCACGGACUGCGGCAAGCGCUUCGGCCGCAGCUCACACCUCAUCCAGCACCAGAUCAUCCACACGGGCGAGAAGCCCUACACCUGCCCCUCGUGCUGGAAGAGCUUCAGCCACCACUCCACGCUGAUCCAGCACCAGCGCAUCCACACCGGCGAGAAGCCCUACGUGUGCGACCGCUGUGCCAAGCGCUUCACCCGCCGCUCGGACCUAGUCACACACCAGGGCACUCACACCGGCGCCAAGCCCCACAAGUGCCCUAUCUGUGCCAAGUGCUUCACCCAGAGCUCCGCCCUGGUCACCCACCAGCGCACCCACACCGGCGUCAAGCCCUACCCGUGCCCCGAGUGCGGCAAGUGCUUCAGCCAGCGCUCCAAUCUCAUCGCACACAAUCGCACGCACACGGGCGAGAAGCCCUACCACUGCCUCGACUGUGGCAAGAGCUUCAGCCACAGCUCGCACCUCACCGCCCACCAGCGCACCCACCGUGGCGUGCGGCCCUACUCCUGCCCACUCUGCGGCAAGAGCUUCAGCCGCCGCUCCAACCUGCACCGGCACGAGAAGAUCCACACCACUAGACCCAAGGCUCUGGCCAUGCUCAUGCUGGGGGCGGCGGCUGCGGGGGCGCUCACAGCACCCCGACCUGCUCCCACUUAAAAGCCUGAGAGAGCAGUGAGGACACCCUGGGAAGCUGGGACGACCCGCUGCUGCUGGGGCCCUGGGAAGACGCUGGGUCCUAGCCAGUGGGAUGUGGAGUGGGGUGAGGGCAGGGAACUGCAAGGUGCAGUUCUGACACCAGGUGGGCAUGGUCACGUGGGGGCAGCCGGGGCUAGAAGGGCGGGCGCUCUAGCUGCAGAUCCAAGGCUUGGGUUUCAAGCUGCGCCCUGUGGCGCUGUGUGCCUGGUGCUUGAGCUGAUCUCUGAGCAUCGGGUAGCUCUUGGUUCCACCAGGCGUCCUCGUUCAGGUAACCCUGAGUCACCACUGGUGGCCCUGGACGCCUCUCAUCCCUAGCCUUGACUUGGGUCAGAGUCUCUUUUGUCAGAGGUCUUUUCCAGAAUAUCAGGACCUUUAAAAAAAAUUUUUUUUUUGAGUCGGGUGUGGUAGCGUACACCUUUAAUACUAGCACUUGGGAGUCAGAGGCAGUAGAAUUUCGGUAGUUUGAGCCCAGCCUGGUCUACGAAGUGAGUGCAGCACAGCCAGGGCUGUUGUCUCGAAAACCAAAACAAAAUUAAUAAUAAUAAUAUAAUAAUAAUAGUUAUUAUUAUUAUAAUUAUUGUGGUUGUCAUUGGUAUCUAAACGCAUGUAUGGAUGUGACACAGUGCACCUGUUGAGGUCAGAGGACAACUCAGAAUUUAUUCUAUACCACGAGGGUCUCGGGUAUGUCACUCCAGUUGUCUGUAGGCAUCUUUACCUACUGGGUCAUCUCACCCAGGUUUUGUAGUUUUGAGACCUGGCUUCCUGUAGCCUAGGGUAGCUCUAGCUAGGUACCGUGUGUUCCUCGCCCCUACCUGCCGGGUACUGGGAUUAUAGGUGAAACCCACCCAGCCCAAGUUGGGACCACAAGACUAUAAACAAAAGCUUCUACAGUCUGGUUUCCCAACCUGAAGCAAGCCAGUUAAUUUCUGGCACCGUGAGGUGGGGGAAG